CCUACCUCACUUCUUCUCUCCUCACCAUGUACCUUUCAGGAGGCAGACCUGACUUCCUCCUCUGCCUCACGAAGAGGUUCAAGAGUCUCCUAAACCUCGACAAGCCUUGCCCUCCCCAGACUCAGUUUUGCCUUUUUCAAUGCCUUCUGGCCCCUUCCAAGCACAGGCCCCCCCACCCCAGGCAGAGCAGAGGGACUGGUGGGCAGGCACAGCUGGCAGCCAAGGAAGGGUCCUCAGUAAAGGAGGGAGGGGUGGCUGGAGAGCAGCACUGCACCUGGCAGCCCGGGGGAGAUGUGGUCAGAUCUGGAAGAGCAGAGCCCAGGGCUCCCCAGGUGGAGGGGAUGAUGGCGCCCCGAAUCAAGCGGCCACACCCCUUCUUACCAUGUCUGACCUGUGGCUGACCUCAGGCCGGGCACUGGGUACUUGUCCCAGGGCCUGUGCAGUGCAGGGUGACCGUGGCCCCAAAGGAGCCCUGGAGGGCAGGAUGGGGCCCACUGCUGGUGGGGGCUGGUCUCACAGCAACAACUCGUCCCCGAGGCCAGCCGUCCCCCACUCUCUUCCUGGGAGGACAUUGUUGGGGAAAGCAAACACAAAGUGGCCGGGGCCCUGCCAAGCAUUCCUAGAAGAGGCUAGGGGGAGGGGCAGUGGCCAGACAGCAGCUGACCCUGAGGUCACGGGAGAAGCCAAGGCUGGGCCAGGCCCCUGGGAGCUUGAACAAGGACCCCACCCAGGCAGUUAGGAAAUGAGGAGGAGGGAGGAGUGGUCAGCAUGCCGGGGGUAGAUGGGCAGGCCCAUUUGGAGACAUGUGGUUCCCGCUUAACUCCCACAUGGCCAUCUGCUGGGAGGGAAGACCCUAGGAGCCCCCUGAGGGGCCCCUACCCACAGGCAGGGGGCCAGCUGAGCACCAGCCCCUCACGGGCAGCUCCAAGGAAGACCCCCGCCCAGCACUGCCUGCAGCCCCAGCUCUGCUCUGCCCAGCCCUGCAGGGGGAUGGAAAGAUGGGGGGGGGGUUGGAAGAUGGGGGGAUGGUCCCCCAUUGUCCCUUAGAGCUGCACCCCGGGCCACCUUGCACCCUCAAGAUGCGUCAGGACAGAUGCAGCCCCCAGCCUGUCCCCUGUACCAUCCGCACCCUGGGCCCCAGUGCUGGUGCUGGCAGCCUGGCAGGAGGGGGUUAAUGGAGCUGGGGCCAGCAGGCUGGGCUGGCCAGUGACAAGGGUGCUGGCUGCCCCAGAGGCAGUGGGGAAAUCCAGAGGGCAGGAGCAGCCAGCCCCAACAGACGCGCCCCACUCCCUGCCCGCCUGCGGCCUGCUCUGCACGAGGGAUGGCCCUGAGGAGAGGUGAGGCCCCCACGUGCCCCAGCCACUCACUUCGGGGGGUGGGUGGCGACCGUGUGCCCCCAAGCCCAUUGGGGUAGGGGCUGCCCCCAGGGAGGACUCAGCUCUAGGUGGGCCAGGGCUCUGGGAGCCCAUGGGGGAAAUGUGGCCACUCCGGGUGGUGGGGUGCCUGGCCCUGGAGAAUCGCUGUUGCCUCCUGCCCCCUCCUCUCCUACCCGAGGGCCCAGGCUGGCAGCGCAGGGGAGGAAGGGCACCCACACUGCCACCCCAGGGGCCCUGACUCAAACCCUGCACUGGGCCAGGGCAUGCUACCCUCCCAGCUGCUCGGAGGCCAGGCCAUUGCCACCCUGUCCCCUCUUGGAGCCUAGCCCAAUCCAGCUAGUGUGUCCACCCUGGGACCCAGAACUCUCAGAGACCAGAGAGAGGCCUGAUAUGGUGGGUAGCCCAGUGCCCAGUGGAACUUAUGGGGGAUUGUUGCUGUGGAGCCUGGCAUCCUUUAUCCUGUGCCACAACCCAACCUCCGGUGGGUCAGUGACCUGGGAUCCCCAUCUGCCCUUGAGGCCUGCACCCUCUUCCUCUCCCCACACCAGCACUGGGCCAAGUCCCUGGGUGCAUGCCGGACAAACCAUGGAGGUGAGUACCCCCCAGUCGGGGGUCUAGCUGGGGCAGCGGGCAUCCAACUCACUGUCCAGACAAUCAGGGCAGCAAGCGCAUACCCACCCGAGCGUGCUCCAGAACGUUCUCUCACAAUUUCCUCCAGCCCUGCCUGGCAGCCUAGCCUGGCUUGAGUGUCCACCUUGGGGAUGCAGAUGAACACACGGCCUAGCGGCCAGGUCCCCAGCCUUCAGUUUUCUCUGGAACAGGCACUGCCACUCCGUUGGUCCUGUGGGGUGGAAAGGGCAGUUGGUUUUGAACCAGAGAACGUCCCCGUCAUCCUGCGUGGUCUCCACUUCCCACUUAAGUGGGGGACGCAGAUCUUAGCCCAUACCUUCUCUGGUCCGGUCAGCAGUACUUUCUCUAAACAGUUGUGUGCUGUGGUCCAGGUGUAUGGCUGAGACCUGGAAGGUUCCAUGUCUUGCUUGCCCUGGGCUCACAUCCUGGGCCACCUCAGUGCUGCCUCCCCAAGCCCCUCUCCCCACAGGAGGCCCGGCCCUGGUGGUGCUGCUGGUCUCCUGGGCAGUGCUGGGCUCCCACAGCCUGGAGGGAGUGGAGCCCGCAGCACCGGUAGACCCCGAGGGUCCCCAGUGCCCAGCCAUCUGCUCCUGCGGCCACGACGACUACACGGAUGAGCUCAACGUCUUCUGCAGCUCUCGGAACCUCACACGGCUGCCCAAUGGCAUCCCGGAUGGCACCAGGGCCCUGUGGCUGGAUGGAAACAACUUCUCCUUCAUUCCCGCGGCCACCUUCCGGAACCUGUCCAGCCUGGGGUUCCUCAACCUACAGAGCAGCAGGCUGGCCAGCCUGGAGCCGCAGGCGCUGCUGGGCCUGCAGAACCUGUACCACCUGCACCUGGAGCGGAACCAGCUGCGCAGCCUGGCGUCCCGCACCUUCCUGCACACGCCGGGCCUGGCCUCGCUCGGCCUCAACAACAACCUGCUCAGCCGGCUAGACGAGGGCCUCUUCAGGGGCCUUGCCCACCUCUGGGACCUCAACCUGGGCUGGAACAGCCUGGCCGUGCUGCCUGACACUGCGUUCCAGGACCUGGCCAGCCUACGCGAGCUGGUGCUGGCAGGCAACAAGCUGGCCUACCUGCAGCCCGCGCUCUUCUGUGGCCUCAGCGAGCUCCGCGAGCUGGACCUGAGCAGAAAUGCCCUGCGGAGCGUCAAAGCCAAUGUCUUCGUUAAGUUGCCCAAGCUCCAGAAGCUCUACCUGGACCACAACCUCAUCACCGCUGUGGCCCCAGGUGCCUUCCUGGGCAUGAAGGCACUGCGCUGGCUGGACCUGUCACACAACCGCGUGGGUGGCCUCCUGGAGGACACCUUCCCGGGGCUGCUGGGUCUGCACGUUCUGCGCCUCUCACACAAUGCCAUCGCCGGCCUACGGCCCCGUACCUUCAAGGACCUGCACUUCCUGGAGGAGCUGCAGCUCGGCUACAACCGUAUCCGGCAGCUGCCGGAGGAGGCCUUCGAGGGCCUGGACCAGCUGGAGGUGUUGGCACUCAACAACAACCAGCUCCAGGAGCUCAAGUCGGGCGUCUUCCUGGGCCUCUACAACUUGGCCGUCAUGAAUCUCUCUGGCAACUGUCUGAGGAACCUUCCAGAGCAGGCAUUCCAGGGCCUGGGCAAGCUGCACAGCCUGCACCUGGAGGGCAGCUGCCUGGGCUGCCUCGGCCCGCACACCUUCACUGGCCUCACGGGGCUGCGCCGGCUCUUCCUCAAGGACAACAGCAUUGCGGUCAUUGAUGAGCAGAGCCUGGGGGGGCUGGCCGAGCUGCUGGAGCUGGACCUCACCUCCAACCAGCUCACGCACCUGCCUGGCCAGCUCUUCCAGGGCCUCAGACACCUGGAGUACCUCCUCCUCUCUCACAACCAGCUGUCGGCGCUAUCGGUGGAUGCCCUGGGGCCCCUGCAGCGCAUCUUCUGGCUGGACGUGUCGCACAACCGCCUGGAGGCGCUGCCUGAGACUGUGCUCGCACCGCUGGGGCGGCUGCGCUACCUCAGCCUCCGGAACAACUCGCUGCGGACCUUCGUGCCGCAGCCCCCCGGCCUGGAGCGCCUGUGGCUCGAGGGCAACCCCUGGGACUGUGGCUGCCCACUCAAGGCCCUGAGGGCCUUCACCCUGCAGCACCCGGGCGUCGUGCCCCGCUUCGUCCAGGCCAUGGCGGAGAGAGACGACGACCACCAGCCGCCCACAUAUGCCUACAACAACAUCACCUGCGCCAGCCCCCCCAACGUCUCAGGCCUUGACCUGCGCGACGUUGGCGAGGCCCACUUUGCCCACUGCUGACCUGAAGCCGCCCUGGGAUCUGGACGGGCCCUCGCCACCCCAGGGGACAUGGACCUGGGACCUGUGGGCCCCAGCCUGGUCCCUGAGGGC